CACUGCGCAGUCAAUGAGAAUGUCAGCCGCUUGUACCACACACCGUCAAUAAGAUUGUCAAUAUUUUAAUUUUUAGGUUAAAAUUAAAAUAACGCGAAACUUGAUAAGUUAAAUUAAAAUGGAUUAUUUCAUUUAUAAAUUUCCAAAGAAAAUUCCUAAACAUAUUGUAUGGACAAGUUCAAUUGCAGCAAGUAUCGGAAUAGCAUGUCUUAUAAAAGAAUGGGUUGGCGGCAAGAGAUAUCCCUCAAACAUUGAUGCAAAGGACAAAGUAGUUGUAAUAACUGGGGCUAAUACUGGAAUUGGUAAAGAGACAGCAUGGGAACUGGCAAGGAGAGAUGCCAAAGUAUAUAUGGCAUGUAGGGAUAUGAAGAAGUGUGAGGAGACCAGGGAGGAAAUUGUACUUGACACUAAGAACAAGUUUGUUUACUGCAAAGCAUGUGACUUAGCAUCAUUGGCAUCCAUUGAACAAUUUGUCAAGCAAUUUAGUAAAGAAGAGAAAAUAGAUGUGCUUAUUAAUAAUGCUGGUGUUAUGAGAGUGAAAAAACAUACUAAGACACAGGACGGUUUUGAAAUGCAACUGGGUGUAAACCAUCUGGGACAUUUUUACUUGACAAAUUUAUUAAUGCCUAAAUUAAAGGCUGCAAUAUCUGCAAGAAUAAUUAAUGUGUCCAGUAUUGCACACUUAAGAGGGGCUAUUAACAAGAAUGAUUUAAACCUAGAGCAAAAAUAUGAUCCUGGUGACGCUUACGCACAAAGCAAACUUGCAAAUGUUUUGUUCACACGGGAGUUGAGCAAACAAUUGAAAAAUACAAAUAUUACAGUGAAUGCUGUCCAUCCAGGAAUGGUGGAUACUGAAAUCAUUAGGCACAUGGGUUUUUUUAAUAGUUGGUUUUCUACAAUCUUUCUGAAGCCGCUAGUUUGGCCUUUUAUAAAGAGUCCACGACAGGGAUGUCAAACUAUUGUAUAUCUAGCCCUUGAUCCCGAAGUUCAAAAAGUGUCCGGACAAUAUUUCCAAGAUUAUGUUGACAAAACCUCUCCAGUGGCGCAAGAUGAAAACUUGUCAAAAUGGUUGUGGUUGGUAAGUGAAAAGUGGACAAGAGCAAAAUUUCAAGUAGCAUGAUACUUAUUCAUGUAUUAAUUUAGUAAAUGAAUGAAUAAAACCUGUAAAAAAUUUGUAUACAGAUAAUAACGAAAAAUACAUUUGUCAAUACAUUA